AUGGCGAUCGAAGAUGAGCUUUCCGGGCUCAACCGCGAGCUGUCUAUGUUUCCUGAGCGAGCAUUCGAGUUCAGCAAAGCGGGAGAAGUUGUCAUUGAGCAGGAUGUGGCCGACGUGGGGUCAAUUGUCUGGGACGCAGAGAUCUUAUUGGCCCACUACCUUGAUCAGGCAUACGGCUCCCGGCUAAGCGGAAUGCGGGUGUUGGAACUCGGCGCUGGAACUGGCCUCGCCGGCCUCUCGAAGCUCCUACCGACGCUGAUAGCAAAUGCUCGCGCUAACGCUCAAGACCUCGAGUAUAGCCGUCAGCCACCUACCACUCCGGGCAGUCGGGACGGCACGUCAACGCUGCCUUGCGACGAACCUGCGGAUGUUCUUUCAACGCCCCCUGAAUCGGACAACACUUGCUCUGUUACAACAACGCCUAGCAUUGCAAAAGACGGGGGGAAGGCGGAGGAUGUACCUGUAUGCAGGAAAUCUGCGAGGCGACGAAAGGGCGGCGACGACGAGGGGUUGAAUCAAGUCGACGCGCCCAAAGACAGCACCGUCAACGUCGCAGCGUCCAAGCCAGAUGAUCGAGAGUUAUCCACCACGAUGUGCUGUUUAGAUGGCGGGGGUAUCAAAGGCUGCUGGCGAGUAGUGGAGCUGCUGUUUUCUGAGAGCGAGGAAAAAUUGCUGCGAUGGCGCCGCAUGGCGGAUGGAGGAGGAACAACGGGAGGGCCUUUGCGUGCUGUACCCGAAGGGGAUCCUGAAGGCGACAGCCACGACGGUCUGUUUGAUCUAGUCGUGGCGGCCGAUGUGGUGUAUCUCAACGACUUAUGGGAUGCCAUGGCGUUCACCAUCAAGGCGUUGACGAAGCCAAGCGGCGAGGCUUUGAUGACCUUUGAGCAGCGACGGGGGAAUGUGGAUGGGUUUUUCGGCCCCCCGAGGUUCGGCGGUGAGGAAACCGGGUGCUGUUGGGGCCAUGGAGAGGAGGUCGACUUUGCGGAGGGGGUCGACGCCGGGGAGGUGUUAAGGGACGCAGCUAAGGCUGCUCGAGUUCGGAUGUACCGCAUGCGUCGAAGCGGUAGCGGUGGUCCUUGA